CAUUCCAGCCGCCCCUUCUGGAACGCAGAGCUGCUGAGCGGGUCGGCGGCCAUUUUGUGAAGCGGCGAAGGAGUCUAAAAGUUGGUUUUAAUUGGUUGCCCACAGGAUUGACUUGGCCUCUACUUCUUGUUAAGAAAAUACAUCUCUUGUUUUAUCAGGUGUGUGUGGUUUCAGCGCAGCAUGGCUGUGGUCAUCCGUUUGCAAGGUCUCCCAAUUGUGGCGGGGACCAUGGACAUUCGCCACUUCUUCUCUGGAUUGACCAUCCCUGAUGGGGGCGUGCAUAUUGUAGGGGGUGAACUGGGUGAGGCUUUCAUCGUUUUUGCCACUGAUGAAGAUGCAAGGCUUGGUAUGAUGCGCACAGGUGGUACCAUUAAAGGGUCAAAAGUAACACUAUUGUUGAGUAGUAAAACAGAAAUGCAGAAUAUGAUUGAACUGAGUCGUAGGCGUUUCGAAACUGCCAACUUAGAUAUGCCACCAGCAAAUGCUAGUAGAUCAGGACCGCCGCCUAGCUCAGGAAUGAGUGGCAGGGUAAACUUGCCUACAACAGUACCCAACUUUAAUAAUCCUUCACCCAGUGUAGUUACUGCUGCUACUUCUGUUCAUGAAAGCAACAAAAAUAUACAGACAUUUUCCACAGCCAGCAUAGGAACAGCUCCUCCAAAUAUGGGGGGUUCCUUUGGGAGCCCAACAUUUAGCUCAACCAUUCCAAGCACAGCCUCUCCAAUGAACACAGUCCCACCGCCACCAAUUCCUCCAAUUCCAGCGAUGCCAUCUCUGCCACCAAUGCCAUCUAUUCCCCCAAUACCAGUUCCUCCUCCAGUACCUACAUUACCUCCUGUGCCUCCUGUACCCCCAAUUCCCCCAGUACCUUCUGUGCCACCCAUGACUCCACUGCCACCCAUAUCGGGCAUGCCACCCUUAAACCCACCACCUGUGGCACCACUACCUGCUGGAAUGAAUGGUUCUGGAGCACCUAUGAAUCUGAACAAUAAUCUGAAUCCUGUGUUCCUGGGUCCAUUGAAUCCUGUUAACCCUAUCCAGAUGAACUCUCAAAGUAGUGGGAAGCCACUUCCCAUCAACCCUGAUGAUCUGUAUGUCAGUGUACACGGAAUGCCCUUUUCUGCAAUGGAAAGUGAUGUCAGAGAUUUUUUCCAUGGGCUCCGUGUUGAUGCAGUACAUUUGUUGAAAGAUCAUGUAGGUCGAAAUAAUGGGAAUGGAUUGGUUAAGUUUCUCUCCCCUCAAGAUACAUUUGAAGCUUUGAAACGAAACAGAAUGCUGAUGAUUCAACGCUAUGUUGAAGUUAGCCCUGCCACAGAGAGACAGUGGGUAGCUGCUGGAGGCCAUAUCACUUUUAAGCAAAGUAUGGGACCUUCUGGACAAACCCAUCCCUCUCCUCAGACAAUUCCCAGGUCAAAAUCGCCCAGUGGGCAGAAAAGGUCAAGGUCAAGAUCACCGCAUGAGGCUGGUUUUUGUGUUUACUUGAAAGGGCUACCAUUUGAAGCGGAAAACAAACAUGUCAUUGAUUUUUUUAAAAAGUUGGAUAUUGUGGAAGAUAGUAUUUAUAUCGCUUAUGGACCCAAUGGGAAAGCAACUGGUGAAGGCUUUGUAGAGUUCAGGAAUGAGGCUGACUAUAAAGCUGCUCUGUGUCGUCAUAAACAGUACAUGGGCAAUCGUUUUAUUCAAGUUCAUCCAAUUACUAAGAAAGGUAUGCUAGAAAAAAUAGAUAUGAUUCGAAAAAGACUACAGAACUUCAGCUAUGACCAGAGAGAAAUGAUGUUAAACCCAGAGGGUGAUGUCAACUCUGCCAAAGUUUGUGCCCACAUAACAAAUAUUCCAUUCAGCAUUACCAAGAUGGAUGUUCUUCAGUUCCUAGAAGGAAUCCCAGUGGAUGAAAAUGCUGUACAUGUUCUUGUUGAUAACAAUGGGCAAGGUCUAGGACAGGCAUUGGUUCAGUUUAAAAAUGAAGAUGAUGCACGUAAGUCUGAACGCUUACACCGUAAAAAACUUAAUGGGAGAGAAGCUUUUGUUCAUGUAGUUACUCUAGAAGAUAUGAGAGAAAUUGAGAAAAAUCCUCCUGCCCAAGGAAAAAAGGGGUUAAAGAUGCCUGUGCCAGGUAAUCCUGCAGUUCCAGGAAUGCCCACUGUGGGAAUGCCUAGUGCAGGAAUGCCUGCUGCAGGAAUACCCACUGCUGGAAUUCCCACUGCUGGAAUGCCUAAUGCUGGAAUGCCCGGUGCUGGGAUGCCCGGUGCUGGGAUGCCCGGUGCGGGGAUGCCUGGUGCGGGGAUGCCCGGUGCAGGGAUGCCUGGAGCUGGGAUGCCCGGUACUGGAAUGCCCAGUACUGGGAUGCCCGGUGCAGGAAUGCCAAAUGCAGGAAUGCCCAAUGCUGGACUGCCUAGUGCAGGAGGUGAAGAGCAUGCCUUCCUGACUGUAGGAUCUAAGGAGGCCAAUAAUGGGCCUCCAUUUAACUUUCCUGGUAAUUUCAGUGGGUCAAAUGCCUUUGGCCCACCACUACCUCCUCCAGGAUUAGGAGGGGCCUUUGGUGACGCUAGACCUGGUAUGCCUUCAGUUGGAAAUAGUGGUUUGCCUGGUCUAGGACUGGAUGUUCCAGGUUUUGGAGGUGGACCAAAUAAUUUAAGUGGGCCAGGAUUUGGAGGGGGCCCCCAGAAUUUUGGAAAUGGCCCUGGUAGCUUAGGUGGCCCCCCUGGUUUUGGAAGCGGCCCUCCUGGUCUUGCAGGUGCCCCUGGGCAUUUGAGUGGGCCACCAGCCUUUGGACCUGGCCCAGGUCCUGGUCCUGGCCCAAUCCACAUUGGUGGUCCCCCUGGCUUUGGAUCUAGUUCUGGAAAACCAGGACCAACAGUGAUUAAAGUACAGAAUAUGCCCUUCACUGUGUCUAUUGAUGAAAUUUUAGAUUUCUUUUAUGGCUAUCAAGUGAUCCCAGGCUCAGUGUGUUUAAAAUACAAUGAAAAAGGUAUGCCCACAGGCGAAGCCAUGGUAGCCUUCGAAUCUCGGGAUGAGGCCACAGCUGCUGUCAUUGAUUUAAAUGACAGGCCUAUUGGCUCAAGGAAAGUAAAACUUGUAUUAGGGUAGCUAUUCACAUCAGUUCUUUAUAAGGUAGCUCUUCAUAGUGCUGUGAUUAAUGCAUCCAGAUUGUUUUCCUAGUAUUUCCAGGUUAGAACCUGUGGAUUGUUUCAAUUGCAUAUAGAUUGGUUUUCAUAACAUAUAGUAUUGGUUGACUGUUUACAGAAGACUCACUACCAGGAUAAACAUUGCUGUUUGUUACAGUAAAGCUAUCUGGAGAGAACACAAAAAUGAUUUUGGCAUACCAUUAGAGAACCUAUUUGUAAAAUUCAAAUGACCACAUAAAGCUUAUCAAGGAGUCUAGAUUGGUUUUGUUUUAUACCAUAUGGGAUGAAGAAAAUAGAAAUGUCAAUAGAGCUCAUUAAGGGUGUUCUUGCCAGCUGCUGAAAAAUAGAAGUUGGCUACUAUUGGAAUUUGGUUUAAAGCUGGACAGAUUUGCUUUGUUAUAGGAUCAAAGCUUUGUCUAAAGUCUUCAUUUUCUUUUAAAAUUAAAUAAAAUCUCUGUAUACAGAUUCACUGUAUGUACCUUUAUUGCUUCUUGAGGGUUAUUGCUGUAUAGACAGUCCUGCUUCUGAAGUUGCUGCUUUGUUUGCCUAAUUGACUCAUUUGUAAAUGAGCAGAACUGUUUUUUUUUGUUGUUCUUCUAACAUAAAACUCCACACUUGGUUUGUGCUAUAACCUUGAACUUUGAUUUCUAAUGUCACACUUAAAACUGUGUGGAAUAAGACUUAUGCCACAAAAAUAAAAUAUGGAGUCCUUUACCCACCAGAGCCUUUUUGGUUUGACCGUCAAGCUUUAGUCAGUCAGUUUAAAAAUUAUUCAUGUUGCUUGGAUGGCCUCAAAAACCAGAAACCAUUGAUAAUAAUCAUUGUUUAAGGUGCUUUAUUUGAAGUCCUAUCUAUGGAGGACUAGUAUUCUUGCAAUUUCCUUGUAUCCCAAAUUUAUGUGAAAUUUUGGUCUGUAAACAAAAAGGGUCCAUUCAUAAGAAGGAGCAUUAUACUAUAUCCAGAGCGUUUAAACUGUACUUGAAAUUGUUAGCUUUGUUAGUAAUAGUGUUACAGAAUGAAAGAGCCGUAAGCUGGUCUGUAGAUUUAUAUGCAUUUAAUCCUGUUACUUGGAGACUUAGGUCUAGCUGUUUGAUCAGGAGCCCGUUUGUAAAAAUUCUUCAUAUACAGAGUAUAAGUGCAACUACCAGAUGGAAGAGAAUUGAGAUUCCUUUCCCUUUUAUACUCCCUUCUUUGGCAUUCAGGACAGUAAGGCAGGAGGACCACAUGGGUUCUGGUUGGUAAGUGUCCUUGUCAUGAAAACAUUUGCCUUACAACAUCCUGCUCACUGCCACAAAAGUCUCUAUUUAUGGCUACUUUCUUUCUCAGUUAAAAUGCUCUAAGGAUGUGUCAUAUUAUAUUAUAAACAUGUAGAAUGGGAGAUUGGUGAGAGAUCAUGAAACCAAAAUUUAUCUUUUACAUUGACCUGUCUUGGUUCGAAACAUUCCCAACAUUUCCUUUAAAUCAGUGUACUUACAAAGGGGUCAACCUUCUAAAAGAAAUAUUUACUAUUUAAAAAGAUAACAGUGCCUUUUUGGUGUUGCAAGUCAGAGAAACACUGAUAUACAGCGUCGUGGUAAUUUAGAGUUAAGAGUGGCAACAGUUUCAUUGGUGUGAUAAGAUUUGGAAAGCCUUUUCAUCCCUAUAAUUUUAGAGGAUUGACAGUAUAGGAUAUUUUGUUUAAGGAAAGGGUUGUUUAGAGUUUCAAAGAAGACAUGGUUGUGUUGUGGGUCUUUUGAUAAUUCAUGAAUAUAUAUUUGCUUUGACAGAUCGCUAGAUACUGCCUCCUCAACUAAAAAAGCAAUAUGAUGUUGUAUAUGCUGUUCAAUAUAAGUUUUCUGUUAAGUAAUUAUUUCUCAUUCCAAAGACAGAGUGCAAAAAACUUCAGCGCUGCUUGGGAGUCUUAUUUCGACUGCAGAUUAUUUUCCCCAUUGGAAAGCCGACUAUUUUCAUUUUAGAAAAAUGGGUUGUUUAAAGAUGAAAGUUUUGUCUUUUUUUACAUUUUAUUUUGGUUAUAUGUUCGUAAUUCUUAUUAAAUAUCUCAUACUUUUAUUGCAACUACUUUGUUAUUUCUGCAUCUUAGAUAAAUGCUGAGAGGAAAACGUGAUUUCAUUGUUCAUCAAAUUAAAUAAAUUAAGAAAAUAGUGGUUUGUAUAGAAAUUGGAGAGAACUUUGUUUCAUAUUUGGUUGAAUCACAACAGUGCUUUUCUUGUUGUGAAAUGUAAUUAAAUGCUUUGCUCUCUGGAACUUGAUUUUUGUGUAUCUGAGAUUUAUUAACAGUGCUAACUGCUAAGCAUAUUGUUCAUCUUGUUCUGGGCAUUGGAGUUUGGGUUUUUAAACAAUUUUUGAAAAUAUGUUCUGUGAAAUAUUCAUACCUCUUUUCCUGCAAGUUUUCUCAUAAGAACUAGCUUUGAGGUGAAAAUGAAUUUGCAUUAUUUCCUCAUCUACUUUGUAUGGUAUGAAGGAUUUGUAAAGCUUUUGCUCAAAGUUGUGUGCAUUUGUAAACACUAUCAUUUUCAAUUUCAUGUGUAAAUUUUAUUGUGUUUUUGGUGACUGACAUUAAUGGAAGAGAAUCCUUUGCAUUAGAUUUAUUUUUUUCUCCCCCUCUGCUGAGGUUUUUUUUGUUUUCUUUUAAGGGAUUAACAAAAUCUACAAAAUGUAUUUUAUAUAUAAGCACAUUUGUAAACUUGUUCUUAACAUUUAGUGAAAUACUUAGUUCACAAGCGAAAAUUUGAGGUAUGUUCAGUGGCUUUUUUUUUUUUUUUUAAAUGCAACACUGUUAAGUGAACUGUAGUUCCAGCUUUCUGGUCCCAAGUUCUCAAAGCAUUGACAAUGAAAAUUUCACUAGGAAACUUUCUAUUCAAAAUUUCAGAGAGUAAUAAUUUGAUGUAAUUAGGUCAGUUUUAACCCACUGAAUGGAAAUCUCGCCUGUAUAUAGAAGCAAACACAGUUUGAGUGGAAAGACAUUCAUUAAAAAUAAGGAUGCACGAAAGCAUUAAUCAAACUCAAAUUUCCUUUUAUUGGAUUCUGUCAUUGUGUACAGAUGUGGAUCAAGUGUUCAAAAAUAAAUCUCACUCAUUAAUUUCAAAAACACUUUAAAAACAAGUAAAAAAUGUAAAAUUAGUGUUAGUCAAAUCUUCUGGGAAGAAUUUCUGGCAGUGAUGACUUGAAAAAAAGAAUUUCCCACUCUUGUAAAAUUGCCACAUUUAAAUUGUUUUACUGGCAGUGCUACAAGUAGUCUAGAUUUUAAAAACCAAACACAAUAAGAUGACUUGUUGCCAAUAUGGCCACAGCAUUGCCAGCAAAUCCUGCCUUGGCAUCAUUCAACAGAGGUUUUGUUUAUAAAAAUUAAGUCAUGAAUAUUGUUCAAUAAACUUGUCCUUAAAUAAAACAGGCUGAUGCUUUUAAUGCUUUAACUGCACAAGUAUAUUUUACUAAGCUGUAAUACCAGAGUUUUUUGGUAACUCCUGAAAAUAUUUUGUGCCUUUGGAAAGGUGGAAUUGGUGAUGUUGUUGGAGGUAACAAUUGUUUAUCCUUACCUGCUAAUGCUGAAAUUUGGAAAGAAGAGGAUGCCCCAAACAGCAGGGAGGAAAUUUAAUUCUAGAUCAAAUCUGUGGUAUUUACCCUUUCAGACUUUCAUUAUGUGUUUUGUUAGCAAGCCACUUUGUUAUGUGGGCUCAGAAAGAACCAAAAUCCAGAUGCUCCUUUUCAAAGAAGGAGUCUUAAAGGGGGCAGUGGAUUGUCUAUUUUUAAAAAGUAAUUACUUUAGGAAAUGGGAAAAUAAAUUUUCAGAGGAUAUUGUUACUUGCACAGACCUGUAAGGCUUUGUUUUGCUUUUGCAUUAGUGAGGGUAUUUGAAGUGGGAAAGAGAAGAGUCAAAAAUGUUACAGCUUUCUAACACUGAUGCUCUAGUUUUGUCCCACAUUUGUUGGGAAAAAAAUAGCAAAUGAAGUUUACCAAAAUUCCAGAGUCCUUUAAAAAAAAUCUGUUGAUAUAUUGCUGUUGCAGAGAAAUUGGUGGGCUGUUCCUUUUAACCAAAGCUGUCGAAACAUGUUUGUAACUUUUAUUUUUAUCAUUUAAGAUUUUUAGCCUGUAUUUGAGUUUGAAUGCCUAAUUUGUUUUAUUAGAGGUGUUUAGACUAGACUUACUUAAUUCCAGGAAGCAGCCUAGCUGUUUUAAAAUUAUGAUGGUUUGAUUAAAUAUUUGAAAAAUCACAGAGUGACAUCAGAAUUCCUACAGUUGUCCAGAAUGGCCUUUGCCAUCUUAAAGGGUAGAUUGUGUGCUAAUAUCAUCUUUUGUUGCUCAAGCAAAAUCAGUCCUAUAACUUGCUAUUGUCUGCUUUUCGGUGUUUUACAGCAAGAAAAGUUUAUGAAUUGUGUGCAUUGCCACCAUUCUCCUUAUACCCCCAAAGUAGAACUUUUAUGGCAUAUGAUAGAAUCCAAACUUAAGACUAUCCUUAUUUAAAAAAAAUUGCUUGUCUUUUUAGCAUAAAAUCUGAUAGAUCACUUUGACUUAUUGUAAAAUGUUCUAGAAAGCAUGUUCUAUGGUGGUGGCACAAUUCUCUGAUGAUUUAGUGACUUUCUGGGAAAACCCGUCUUCUACAACAUAAGCAAGUUCAUCUUUUAGUGUCUGCUCAUAUAAAUGUUAAUUCUUUACUGUGAUGUUUCUGGGUUUAUUCUUUGUGCCUUGAGCUACUUUGUACCAGAGGAUCUCACAAGCAUCCUAUUCAGAAUAUGGUUCCUUUGCUGGAUCAACAUAACUAGCAACAAACAACUAAGGUGGCACUACUUUUCUACUACUGAAGAAACCAGAAGGGGCAAAAAGCCACCUGAUUGAUGCAAGUAUUCUACCCUAGAGACAGACGGACAGCACUCUAAAAUUCUGGGGGCAGGAAAUAGUGCUGGGGGAAGCCUAAGAAAAUUCCUUGAAUUCUGUAUAGCGACCCAGGGACCUCUCCCCAGUGAAAAUGUUGAUGGUUAAAGAGACUAAGUUAAUACCAUGUAAAGUGGUUAAAUGGCACUGCAGAACAUCGAAGUGGGCAUCCCAAGCUGUUCUCAACAUCUGGACUCUGACUUUAGUUAAACAAUUUCAAAGUCAUUUUUCCUAAUCAACUGAUGGUUUGCCAUAUCAUGUUGAGAGGAGAUGACUAUUAAUAGAGCCAUCACCAAUAAGAGAACAUAAUUAAAUGUGAACAAAGUCAAAGUUGUAAGUCUGUUUUUAACCAGGGCUAUGAGUUUCAGUUUUCCUUUGAUUGAAUACACCCUCACUGCUCUCCCUGUAGCCCUGGCCUCAGAAUUGGGGUGGGGAGUGGGGUAGAGUUCACUCUUAGCUCUUGAUUUUGACAAUAAGAUUUGUCACUUUAAGUGUGCUACAUAUCAACCACUUUGUGAUACCAUAAGUCAUCUAUUAGUCCUUCUAGAGGGGGACAGGCUCAAGAAGGGUAAAGAAAUUCAGCUACUUAGGGGAUUUAAAUCAUCAAUUGGUAUUGUUGCUCUUUUCCUCAUUUGUUUUCAUUUCCACUUGGAAGUGAGUUAAAACCACCUUACUACAUACCCCCCGCACAUUGGGGUGCAGUACAGACAGGGUCAUUUUCUUUAUACAUCUUUUGGGGCUAUUGGGCCAGGAGAGUCUGCUGUAAGUCUGGCUAAAAUAGGAAGACUAACAACUCUUACUGAAGUAGAUACUACUAGUUAUAUUUGCUUCUAUGUGAUUGAAUUGACAGAAUGGAAUUGGAGUCCUCUAUUGUCAAGCGUUUAGGAUAAUUUCACAUGAAUAUACAGCUUAGCCAUAGCUGUAUCCUCUGCUAACCAAAGGUUUUGAGUAGUGUUCGCUGUGCACCCAGCAUUUUACACACUAGUGGAUAAGGAAACAAAAUAACAAAAUAAGAUGCUUAUUCUUCAAGACUUUAAACUCAUCAUAAAAGUACGCGCUCGAUUGCACAAGGUAUGCUCAUGUGCCACGGGAACUAGAUACAGUUUCCUGGCCAGUUUCUAAAUGGUCAGACAGAAGCAAGUGUAAUGGAAACCUUGUAUGUAAGCCGAAGGAAGGUGUGCUCUCUCACUAAAAUGUUCUUGGGGACACGGUAUGUUGAUUUAGUAAGGGGAAAUGUCUGUGAGAGUACAGUGGUAUUAUAUAAAACAGUGCUUGGGUGCUUGUCCUUAAAGCUUUUAAAAUUGUUCCAUAGCAGCCUAGCUUGAGGUUCCUGCAGCCUGAGUGACGUGACUGAGCUGAAUGGUCAAUAGAUAGGAAGGUAAGGGUUGGGUCUAGGGAUGUCCUGACCUAGCAAAGGCAUAGAAACUACAUUUUUUUAAUAAGUCCUUGACUAAGCUACUAGAUACCACUUCUUAUAAAAUAUGCUCUAGUAAGGUAUUCGGAAAUGCUCCAGAACUAAGUGAAUUUCCCCGCCACUUGUAUGCAUAGUUGAUUACCUGAAAUUAUUUCUAGCUUGGGGUUGAUUUGAUACAGAGUUUUUCUAUAUGAAAUAACCACGGGUGUAGGUCUUUGUUCUUCUAGACUGAUAGAACUUUUUCUGAUGGAAAUGUUCUCAUCUGAACUAAUAACAUAAUUACUAGCUACUUGUGGUUAGUGGCUGCCAUGUCAAACAGCACAACAUUAGAUUCACAGAGUAAUAGGCUUCCUGUUCUGCGUGAUCUCUGGAGACCUCUGUGUUAGGCAGCACUGUCCAAUAGAAAUAAUGUUACUUGAUGUUAUUUCACAUGUCCUAGUAGUUACAUUAAGAAGGUAAAAAAGGUGAAAUUAAUAACUCAGUAGAUCUAAAAUAUUACCAUUUAAAUAUACUAAGGUUAUAUUUUUCAAAAUUCAUUGUUUUAGUCUUGUGGCACAUCUUGAUUUGAACUAAGCAUAUCUGAAGUACUCAAUAGCCACAUGUGGUUACAACCUACUCUUCUAGACUGCCCAAAUUUGGAAUAUAGAAAGUAAAUUACUUGCUAUUUCUCUUUUAGUUCUGUCAUCCCUUUCAGCUGUUUGUUUUAUUGCAUUCCUCCUGACUUUCCUUUCUCCUCUUGUGUUUGGUGUUUUUUGGGGGAGAACUUGUGUCAGUUACCUGAGUAAAAAGCCAUAUUGGAAAUUGACUUAGUGGCAGUUUUAGAUUGUAAAAUUAAUUCUGCAGCAGGACUUGAAUCUACCCCCAGUCCCAUUCCUCACUCACAGUGGCAAAUGGAUAGUGUAGUUUCUCUGUUGAAAAUCCUCCCUUUUUAUUUCCCAACUUUCCUAACAAAAAUUCCGAAGAAAACCUAUCUUAACAUCUCUCAUUAUCCCAGAUGAAUAUAUGCUAGUGAUGGAGGCUAGUAUUAUGAAUGGUAGGUAGGUUUUCUAAAAGCUCUGGUCUGCUUCUCAUUGUGCCAGCUCCUUUCAUGUACUCAACUCCUUGUGCCGUUGGUCACAUUGCACAUUGGAGAGGCACAAUUUCUUGUCAACACCCUUGCCCUGAAGACACUCAGAAAGGAGGUCCAGUACUGUUGUCUUGAAACUUGAGGCAGUAGUGAGGCAGGGGUCUUGUUAACGUGUUGCAGAUUUAAAAAAAUACAGAUUCUAGCAAGGCAGAAUGUGGGUAAAAUUGACUGCUCGAUAGAUAUUCUUUGAAAUUUUUGGUAUAAAUCACAUUCUAUUUGUGUUCUUCUUGUUUGUUAUUUAAAGUUUAUUAUGGGACUUUGGUAAAAUCCUAUAAAUGUACUAGUCAGGAGCUUUUCCACUCCUGCCACAGCAAUCAAAUAGGGAGAAUGGUGCAUAUAGAAUUAUUUUCCAUCUGUGUCCAGGGCUAAUUAUAGUUAGUAUUGGUCAUGGGAAGAAGCCACAUGAGUCUCACUGCUCUUUAAGUGACCAGGUAGGACUUCAGAUUGGACUUUAUUAUAAGCUGUGGGCUGCUGAUUAAAUAGGUAGAUGCAGAAAUCACAUUCUCAGGGAAUCAGGUUGUGGUUCAUUGGUGUGACCUAGGACUAGGCAUUUCUCUCUGGCCUCUGUUCUACAAAAUGAGAUUAUCCUAGACAGUGUAUCUGGUUUUAAAUUUUGUGAUUCUGUGAACUCAGUUGUAUUUUUGGAGAUCAAUUUGAACCUUAAACUAAAAAACUCUAUUUUUGGUCUUGCUACUGCUCUACUUUUUCUGAAUGUGAUAGUUUUCCCACACAGCGGCUUGAAAACUUCAAUACAAAAAGAGAAGAGUCUUCAUUUACUCUUUUGAGGACUAGCCCUUUCCUGCCAGUUAUGUCCUUUGGUGUAAGUACACCAAAGGCAUUCCUCCCUGUUGUCCCAUGAACUAACAUGUAGAAAAUGACGUACUUCGGGCACCUCUUCUGCAUCAGGCACAGAACAUGCUCCAUGGUUGGCCUCCUUUAAUACAUUAUUCUCACUUUACAGGUGGGGAAAUCCAGGCAAAGAGAAACAAACCAAAAAAAAAAAAAAAACUUAGGUUUUGCUGAAAGUAAGCGGCAGACGUAUUAUUUAGUCAUAGACUAUCUGCCUUGACUCCAGAGACAGAGUUGCUCUCUCCUUCAACUGUUCCCUGCCUCUCCGUGACGUUGGGGAGAAGAUACAGGAGGCUACUGGCAGCACCUUCCUAGUCUUCUGGGGAAGGGUCUCCAGCCUUGCUCCAUCACCGGUUCAAUUCUCCAGCUUUUAGUGUCAAGGAACAGACACCAUGACAAGUCGGUGCGACUACUCAGCUUUCACAGGAAAGCUCAUGCUUACAGAGUGGGACCUGGAUUUAUUUUGAAGUAGGCAAAUGGAAACUUUGUGUAAGCACAUUGAGUCAUUAAGGGGUGGGGGGGGCACAGAAAAAUAGUAGAGUCUUGUGUUUGAAGCUUAUAUGUUCCUCCUUGGUUCAUUUCCCUUCCCUAUAUCCAAGUCUCUCCUCAAGCUAGGUUCUUUUUUUUUUUUUCCAAGAUUUACAUAUUUAUGUAUACAAGAGCUGGGGUGCAGGCCAGAGGUGUGGGGGGUGAGGAUUCACCAGAGACAGAGUGGGGAGCAGAACAGGUGGAUCUACUGAAAUACACUGCUGAGGGGAACAGUGGGCAAGGCAGGAGGGGUCUGUGCCACCUCCCCUCUGGCCAGGGAUCAAACUCAUGCUGCAGUGGCUGCGGAUAGCUUCAUAAUGCUAAGACUUAACCCCUUGCACCACCAGCAAGGUCCCAAGCUAGGUUCUUUUUGAAGAGCUAGACACAGAUGGGAUUUGCUCAACUUCGUUUAAGUCUCUUGGGGACACUGGAGUUGACCAGUGGUUUCCUUGCCCAUCACAAAAUAUAGCAAAAGUAUAAACUGAUCGUUUACCGUAUUUCCCCACUUGCACUGUUACAUGAAUGUGCACAUUUUAAACUUCGUAGUAUAUUGCAUUAUAUUGGCUGCAGUCUUAGCAUUACCUAACUAAACCAGAUUGUUUUACAUUUUUAGUUUAUAAAUACAAUUUUAGUUACCCUUAGUCCUAUGUACAAGCAAAGAAUCAUGUACGUUUUAUAGGAAGGUUUUGCAUAUUUGGUUCGAUUUGUGGUCUAUGAAUACUAUAAAUGGGGCUGCUGACUUAUAUUUGGGUAAUCUCUGAGCAAGGGUGAAAAACCAACUUGUUUCUCCAUUCCCCUUGAGGAGGCAGAGGGGGAAAGGAAGAAGAGCGAUGGUGGUGGUGGUAGACAGUUUGUCAUUUCAGUCUUACAGAAAAAUGGUAUUUCAUGGGUGGUGUUCCAUGGAACCUAUAGAGAAUCUCCUGGUUGGCCCUCAAGGCUUGAUCCAUCAUCUGAGCUGUUCCAAAAAAAGAACCUAGCUUGAGGAGAGACUUGGAUAUAGGGAAGGGAAAUGAACCAAGGAGGAACAUAUAAGCUUCAAACACAAGGUAGGCAACAGGAGUGUGACCAUGGCUUUGGUUUGUUGAAGGAGUGAUCCUAUUACCCAGAUACUGUGGUUUUAUUCCUCUUCCUUGCAGUUUGGAAAUGAGAUUGAAGGCUGUUGCUCUCCUUGUUAGACUUUUCGGGAUGGAAGAGGCCUGUAUAACUACUGAUUGGGAAGGACUGAUAAGUUUCCAUUUAACUGGCACUGAAUUGUAUCCUCUUGAAUCCAGGAGAAGAAAUCUGUUACUGGAUUCAUGAAGAGCAGAGAUAGAAUCUCCCAAGGCAGAAAAGGGGAUGCUGUAGAAAAUAUAGAGCAUGUUAACGUCCUAUUGGCAGAGAGUAGGAUUCCGCAUCAAUAGUGAUACACUGAUAAACUGGCUAACUGGAAGAAGGGAGCUGAUUGUUAGCAUUUGCCCAAUUUCUGUGGCUUAAAAGUUAUCAAUGCCACCUAUUUUACAAAUUUUCUUAAUAUUUAACAAUUCUAUUCUUGUUAACUCUUACCAGUCUGCUUUAACACACUGCUGCAAGCCUCCUUUGGAUGUUUUGAAUUCCUAGUAUAUGCUUAGGUCUGCUGUGUGACAAAGAUGUUGAAACAGCAUUUAUUCUAAAGAAGUUUGUCAUUUCAGUUGGCAAGGCAAAAUGCUGGAAGCUGAUAGAAUACAACUAUGGUAUGAAUUGAGUAUAGUAGUCUAGAGUGAGAUGUUAAGUGCUGUAAACAUGAAAGGGGGUAUAUAUGAGAACUAAAUGUAUAAUAACAGCUAACAUUUAUUGGUAAUAAUAGUGACAGACUGCACUAAGUAUCUUACAUCUUCAGAAAUAGGUAGUAUCCCCCACUUUAUACCUGAGGAACCUCCCUUAGGUAUAUAUAUAAAUAAGACAUUUCAGGUGGGUAUGAGUAAUAUCUCAUUGUGGUUAGGAAAGACUAAGGCCAGUCCUCUUGCCCAUUUCAUGUAGCUAUUAAAAUAAUGACAGGUUUUUUCAGGAAUGACGAAUAUAAUAAUAGUCCUAAAGUUCUACACUAGAUGGGAAUCAGGAUAUUUGUCCCCAUUUUAUUUAACUAGGUAUGUGGCCUUAGUCAAAUCACACAUCUUUCUCUGCCUUGAAUUGACUUGGAUCACUCAGUCCCUUUUUAUUUCUGACAUUUUGUGAGUUUAAGUAUGAAUGAGUAUGGUUUCUUUAAGGAAAGGUGGGGGAAUGUGUCCUUCCAGGAAAUGGGACUGGAAAACAAAGUUGUUGACUAUAUGGGUAAACAGGAAAGCAACUUACAAGGAAAGUGGAAGGGAAUCACACUCCAAGUGGGGGGAAACAAAGGUAGAAAACAUGAGUGCUGUAUACUCAUUUGUUUCUGUUUGCAAUUCCUGACUAUCAGCAAAUGGGAGGGUGGGAGCAGUGGAUGCACCCACAGAUAACAAACUAGUCUUUUGUGUCGUGAGUUGUUAGAAAAAAAUUCACUUUUUCUCUGAUGGCUUAAGUAGCUGGCCAGAGUUAUUCUUGGGUUAUUUAUGAGGCUCCUUAAGUUACCAUUCCUUACCUGUCAUUAAUUGAACAGAUUGUUAUAAUGCACCUAUUUUGUGUGAGUCACUGGAAUGAAAACAAAACAUCUGGUUCCCUCUCCACAUUGAAUUAAUAGUGUAGCAGGAGAAACAUAAUAAGCAAGUUACAAGUUUUGAUAGGUUUCUGAGAAGCUGGGAUUUGUUGUGUUGGAGCCAGGGAAAGCUGACUUCAACAUAGAAAACAGACCAGAGAAGACUGACAGUGGAAAUGGGGAGACCAAUUAGGAGACUGAUAGAGACAUCCAGGCAAUUCAGGAGUGAGUGCACAAAGACUGGGCAAGUAGUAGUCCAACCUCUCUUAAAGAAAAUUCUGAGACUUCUCUUACUGACUUGCUUAAGUGUGAUAUUUAAUAUCACAGUCCUAUAAAGAAGAUCAGAGAUUAAUUAUAAUGGCACUAUGUGAAAGGUUAGUGAGUCUAUGCAUCUGUUCAAAGGAUAUGGACAGAAGAGUAAUAUGAAGUAUAGUUUUUCAUUAAAGAUUUAGAUUUCUAAAUGCUAGGCUUGGGGACAGGUUUUAAUGGAGAGAGAAUAAUCCCAUGAAUUAAAUGGGAUUAUUUAAAGAGAAUAUUGUUCAAAGGAUAGAAAAUUGCAGAUGUGAUUUGGUUAUUAAGGUUUGCUGAUUCCUAUGAUAAAACAAAGGAGGCACAGGAGCUCUGGACUUAGAAUAGAACCCAGCCCCAUAUGCUACUGGGGUACAUGUAAGGCCAUGUCAUUCUACUUAGAGAAGAACUGAAAAACUGCAGAAUAACAUCAGCUAUGGGGAAAAAUGGUAGAAAUGGUAAUAGACUUUGGAAAAGAUUGCUCUAGUCUGCCAGAAGUUGAGCCCUAUCAUAUGAAGUAUCUCCUGGUCUGCUUCAUUUGUCUGGCAUCUUUACUGGCAUCUUUGAGAAGUCCUGGAGUGAGGAAGUGAGGAAAAGGCUUCACUCAGGCCUUUUUUCUUUCUUUUUUUUUUUUUUUUUGGCUAUAAUUUCAUUGCCACAGAUAAUUACUGCUAAUGUUUUUAUAUUUCAUAACAAGAUAUUAGGGAUAAACCUGUGAUCUUCCAUUUAAAAUUCCCCCAACAUUUUACUAUGAAAAUUUUCAACAUACAAGGAAGUUGAAGAAAUUAUACUGUGAAUACCCAUAUAUCCACCAGAUUCUACAUAUAAAGGUUUUUUUUUUUUUAAUACCACGUAUCCAUUCCAGACCGUUUCGUUUUUGGAUACCCUACAAAGAAGGUGCAAGCAUCAGCACGCUUUACCCUAAACUUUUCAACAUGCCUUGAGUUCAAUAUUUGUUUAUGGGUUUUGGGUUGGGGGGUGUUGGGGAGGUUUGGAAAAAUAGCAUAAGAUACACACACACACAAGUGUACCUAUUAGGUUAAAGUGACAAAUACAUACAUUCCUGAUUCACAUUCCUAUCAGGAUAAAGAAUUUUUCCAUUCUCCCUAGGAUUCUGCUUCUCCUCAGUUAAUACCUACCCCUUCUCCUGAUUGGGGAAGAACGAUCAGUGAAAGUUUUUCAUUAUUGGUUUUGCCUGUCCUGAAACUACUUUUAUUUUAUAUAUUUUUUUACAUCAUUUUUCAUUUUUGCACAAUGUAUGCAUUUUCAUUUUGGUUAUAUUCCUCAUACAAUUCCACCCCCAUUAUUUUAACCCUAAUCCCUCCUUCCUUCCCCCCUCCCCACCCCAGUGUGUUUCUGGUUUAUAAUUGCUUGUUGAUUUUGAUUUUUACUUUAUUAUAAUUAGUCUUUUUCCUGGUCUCUUAUUUAGGUUUUCUAAAUUCCUGCUAUGAGUGAGACCAUCCGGUAUUUUUCUUUUUCUUUCUGGCUUAUUUUGCUGAGCAUGAUCCCUUCCAGCUCCAUCCAUGUUGCUGCGAAUUGCAUGAGUUUAUCUUUUUUGAUUGCUGAGUAAUAUUCCAUUGUGUAUAUGUACCACAUCUUCUUGAUCCAGUCGUCUAUUUUUGGGCAUUUGGGUUGUUUCCAUAGCUUAGCUGUUGUAAAUAGUGCUGCUAUAAACAUAGAGGUGCAGGUGCCCUUUUGAAUUAAUGAUUCUGUUUCCUCUGGGUAAAUACCUAGGAGUGGAAUUGCUGGAUCUUAUGGAAGCUCCAUCUUUAGCAGGUUGUGGAAUUUCCACACAGCUCUCCAUAGUGGUUGGACCAGUUUGCACUCCCACCAGCAGUGCAGGAGAAUUGAAUUCCUUUUUCUCCACAUCCUCGCCAACAUUUGUUGUUGCUAGUUUUUUUAAUAUGUGCCAUUCUCACUGGUGUAAGAUGAUAUCUCACUGUAGCUAAAACUACUUUGUGUGUAUUUUAUGCUUUAGAUUCAUCCAUGUAGCGAUAGUAAUGGUUUGUUUCUUUUUAUUGUUGAGUAAUUUUCUGUUACAUAUAUAAGCACAUUAUGGUUUUGUUUUGUUUUGUUUUUUUUGUGGGACCCUUGCUGGCAGCCGGGGGAUGAACCGGCUCUGCCUGGCAGCCCAGCGCUCAACUGCUGCGCCACCAGGGGAGGCCCAAGCGCAUCAUGGUUUAUGGCUUUUUUUAUACAUUGUCACAUUGAUGGAUACCUGGGCUGUUUCAAAUUUUUGGCUAUUAUGAAUAAAGCUGCUAUGAACAACCUUGUAUAAACCUUUGUGAACAUAACUUGAUAUCCUUUGGAUACAAAUCUGGGAGUGGGAAUGCUCUUGGACUAGGAGGCCCAAUUUUAUGUUUGAAUUUCUAAUAAGCUUCCAGACUUUCCGAAUGGUAUAUAAAUACUUUCACUGACAAUGUAUGGGAGUUCCACAUCCUUGCCAACCUUCGACGUUGACUUUUUACUUUUAUCCAUUGUGCGUAUAUAAUAGUACCUCAUUGUGCUUUUAGUUUUCAAUUCCCUCAUUACUAGUCCUGUUGAUCCCUUCUUCUUUAUUUCCAAUUUAUAUUUUUUCCUUCAUGAAGUAUCUGAUCAAUUUUUUUGUGCAUUUUAAAGUUGUCUUUAAUACUGAGUU